AUGAUGCAGUUUGCAGACGACACUCUUAAAGAGUUGUUAGCUUUCAUUAACUUCCUGUGCUUUCUGUUCUGCUCAGAUGAAAAGAAGUUAAAAGCUCCUGCUGUCAGGAGAGACAGGCUGAGAAAAGCUGAAGCAGGGGAGACGGCUUCUAGAGACAACACCACCCGAGAGCGGCCUGUCGGAGGCGCCCGGCUGCGCUCGGCUCUCAGGGAAGAGCUGAGGAUGAUCCACGAGAAGAUGGAGGCCAAGAGGAUCGCUCGCAUCGCGCUGGCCGAGAUCAGGGCCUUCCUCGCCGAAGAAGAGGAGGAGAAGGAGGCGGCCUGGGAGCUGAAGAUGAAGACGCUGGAGGCUGCACAGGAGCAGCUGAGGGAGGAGAGGAGGAUGAGGGAGGCAGAGAGGAGGAUAGAGGAGGAGAAGGCAGAAAGGGAAAGGAUGGAGAAAGAGAAGGCAGAAAGGGAAAGGAUGGAGAAAGAGAAGAUAGAGAAGGAGAGGAUAGAGAAGGAGAAGAUAGAGAAGGAGAGGAUAGAGAAGGAGAAGGCAGAGAAGGAGAGGAUAGAGAAGGAGAAGGCAGAGAAGGAGAGGAUAGAGAAGGAGAAGGCAGAGAAGGAGAGGAUAGAGAAGGAGAAGGCAGAGAAGGAGAGGAUAGAGAAGGAGAAGGCAGAAAGGGAAAGGAUGCAGAAGGAGAAGGCAGAAAGGGAAAGGAUGGAAAAGGAGAAGGCAGAACAGGAAAGAAUGGAGAAGGAGAGGAUAGAGAAGGAGAGGAUAGAGAAGGAGAAGGCAGAAAAGGAAAGGAUGGAAAAGGAGAAGGCGGAGAAGGAAAGGUUGACCCGGGAGAGGGCAGAAAAGGAGAGACAAGAGAUGGAAAGAUUGGCCAAAGAAAAGGCGGCCAGAGAAGAGAGGGAACGACUAGAGCGAGAGAGGGCGGAGAAGGAAAAGAUGGAGAGAGAGCGCCUGGCCAGGGAACGAGAGAGGGCGGCGAAGGAAAAGGCGGAGAGGGAACAACAGGAGAAAGAGAGACUGGAGAGGGAGAGGGCAGAAAAGGAGAGAAUGGAGAGGGAGGGCAUCACAAGAGAAAGACAGAGAAUAGCCAGAGAGAAGGCAGAGAAGGAACGAUCAGAGAGGGAGAGACUUGAGAAAGAAAGGAUUGCCAAAGAGAAAGCGGAGAAAGAGAGGCUGGAGAGGGAACGCAUCGCUAUGGAAAGAGAGCGAAUUGCCAGAGAGAGAGAGCGGCAAGAGAAGGAACGAGUCGCCAAAGAAAGAGCAGAAAAAGAAAGGCUAGAGAGGGAACGCAUCGCUAAGGAAAGAGAGAGAAUCGUAAAGGGAGAAGGUGGAGCGAGAGAGGAAAGCGACAGGGAGAGAAAAAAAGGCCAGGAAAGGGCAAGAAUUGCUCAGGAGAGGGAGAGACUACAGAAAGAAAAGUUGGAGAAGGAAAUGGCGGCGAGAGAAGAGAGGGAGAGGAUGGAGAGACUCGCUCGAGAGAAAGAGAGACUCGAGCAGCUGAGACUGGAGAAGGAAAGGACGGCCAAGGAGAGAAUGGAGGCUUAUCGAGGACAAGAUGGAGGCCGAGAGGCUGGCGAAAGUAGCAGUAAAACCGAACGCUGUCGAACGGGAAAGGGCCGUGAGGUGAUCGAGCGGAAGUCGCAAACAGUCAGGAGGGAGAAGGGGGCGCGGGUGAAAGGGGACCUUGAGACGGGGGAAGGUAGUCGUUGGCAAGCUAUCAUUGAACUCAGCUGA